UCUGGCGGCUGUCUCCCGACUGUCAAGAUGGCGGCCCCCAGGAGUUGCGCUCUAUGGGGCAACUGCGGCCGUGGGUGGUCGCGGUUGAUGCGGAGCUGCGGGCUACCCGGGCUUCGUAGCUCCUGGCCUGGGAGCCCGCUGGGUGCGCGGCUCUUGUCCCAAGAGAAGCGGGCAUCGGAAACGCAUUUCGGGUUUGAGACUGUGUCGGAGGAAGAGAAGGGGGGCAAAGUCUAUCAGGUGUUUGAAAGCGUGGCCAAGAACUAUGAUGUGAUGAAUGAUAUGAUGAGCCUUGGUAUCCAUCGUAUUUGGAAGGAUUUGCUGCUCUGGAAAAUGCACCCGUUUCCUGGGACCCAGCUCCUCGAUGUUGCUGGAGGCACAGGUGACAUUGCAUUCCGGUUCCUUAAUUAUGUUCAGGCACAGCAUCGGGGAAGGCAGAAGAGGCAGUUAAGGGCCCGGCAAAAUCUAUCCUGGGAAGAAAUUGCCCGACAGUACCAGAAUGAAGAGGAUUCCUUGGGCGGUUCCCACGUCAUGGUCUGUGACAUCAACAAGGAGAUGCUGAAGGUUGGGAAGCAGAAAGCCCAGGCUCAAGGAUACAAAACUGGACUCGCUUGGGUAUUGGGAGAUGCUGAAGAACUGCCCUUUGAUGACGACAAGUUUGACGUUUACACCAUUGCCUUUGGGAUCCGGAACGUCACACACGUCGACCGGGCACUGCAGGAAGCCCAUCGGGUCCUGAAACCAGGAGGACGGUUUCUCUGCCUGGAGUUUAGCCAAGUCAACAAUUCCCUUGUGUCCAGGCUUUAUGAUCUCUACAGCUUCCAGGUCAUUCCUGUCCUGGGAGAAGUGAUCGCAGGAGACUGGAAGUCCUACCAGUACCUCGUGGAGAGUAUUCGACGGUUCCCGUGUCAGGAGGAGUUCAAGGAGAUGAUAGAAGAUGCAGGCUUUCAGAAGGUGACUUAUGAAAGUCUAACGUCGGGCAUCGUGGCUAUUCAUUCUGGCUUCAAACUCUAACUCCUGUCCAGUCCCGGAGCGGGACCCGCUCACAGCCUGUCGGGAGGCUGCAGCGGAAGGAGAAUCCGGCUGGUGAGACUGGCAACAGAAUGUCCCCUCCUAAGGAUACGUGCCUUGGACUCGUUUCUGAUAUGACCAAUCUCCCAAAAUGGAAGAAACAAAUUCCUGUCACUUUAUUUCACCUUGCGUCAGGAACCACUUCACGCCUCUCCCUGGGGUCUUAUUGUAUUUUUUUUGCCCAGUUCCUGCUAUUUUUUCCCCAGCUGUGCAGUGUGUGGUGUGGGUGAAACCAGCACUAAGGCGGUUUUGAAGCGUGUUUGUAGUUUCUCUGCUGGUGCUGACUCCCAGAGGGACAAUGAAUCAUUGGAAUCUAAUGAUUUGAACCGGAAAACUUCCUAACUGUACCCGAGUCAACCUUGCAUCCUAGGACGGGUUGAAGGCCAAGAGCCAAGGCCCAUCAGAGGACUAACGAUCGCAGCCGGAAUCAUGUGCUGAACCACUAAAUGAGUUUACAGUU